CUGAUCCUGUAAAACCCAUGGGGAGCCCAAAAGCAGCAGCACUGCUCCUGCCUCUUCUUCUGUUGCUCAUCUGCCCCUCUAUCUCUGCUGGGAUUGGCUGCCCUUACCUGCCGCACUGGAUCACCCGCUGUCUACUGCUCUCCCAUGUGGAUAAGAGUUUCACUGGAAGUUCUGCCCAAACUCCAUGCCAUACCCAGUUGGCCCUUCUCUCCACAAAGCCUUGGUAUGCUCAGAUCUGGCAUUGGCGUUGCUGUUUGUGUCUGCAUCUGGUAUCCUAUCCUGCAGGCCUUCAGUGGGGCUGGUUCCACUUCCUGAUGCAGAAAUACAAAAAGCUUUACAAGCUCAAGUUCUAUCAGAGACACAGGAUGCCAGCAUCUUCUCAGGUACUCUUCUUGCCAACCUUGUUCUCUUCUUACAGAAGAGACUUCUAGGUAGCCUUGUCUGAGAAGGGCCAGCACAUUUCCAUCCCAUCCCCAGACAUCUCCCACAAGGGGCUGCGCUCCAAAAGGACCCAACCUUCAGAUCUAGGAGUGGAAAAUCUUCCCAGACCCAGUUUACAAAGUCAUGAAGGACCGGACUUCUCCUUUGAUUUGCUACCCAAGGCAAGAGCUAUUCGGGUGACUAUUCCUCCAGGCCCAGAGGCCAGCAUACGUCUUUGUCAUCAGUGGGCCCUGGAGUGUGAAGAGCUGAGCAUUCCCUUUGCUGUUCAGAAAAUUGUGUCUGGGGGCCACACUGCAGACCUGCCUUAUGAAUUCCUUCUGCCCUGCCUGUGCAUAGAGGCAUCCUACCUGCAAGAAGACUCUGUGAGGCGCAAAAAAUGUCCCUUCCACAGCUUGCCUGAGGCCUAUGGCUCAGACUUCUGGAAGUCAGCGCACUUUACUGACUACAGCCAGCACAAUCAGAUGGCCAUGGCCCUGACACUCCGCUGCCCACUGAAACUGGAGGCCUCCCUCUGCCAGAGGCAGGACCUGCACAGCCCCUGUGAAGACCUCCCCAACUCCACAGCUCGAGAGUCAGAAGGAUGGUAUGUUUUGGAGGAGGUGGACUUGCACCCCUACCUGUGCUUCAAGUUCUCCUUUGAAAACAGCAGCCAUGUUGAAUGCCCCCACAAGAACAGUUCUCUCAUAUCCUGGAAUGUAAGUAUGGACAUCCAGGCCCAGCAGCUGAUCCUUCACUUCUCCUCAAGGAUGCAUGCCAGCUUCAGUGCUGCCUGGAGCCACCAAGGUUUGGGGCCAGACACCUUGAUGCCCCCUGUGUACAGUGUCAGUCAGACUCAGGGCUCAGGCCCAGUGACAUUAGACCUCAUCAUGCCCUUCCUGAGGCCAGGGGGCUGUAUUCUGGUGUGGAGGUCGGAUGUGCAGUUUGCUUGGAAGCACCUGUUGUGUCCCAAUGUCUCUAACAGACGUCUGGGGCUCUUGACCCUGGCACUGCUGAGCCUCACCACCCUACUGGUCAUUGUUCUGGUGUUCACCUGCCGGCGCCUACUGUCAGGUCCCAGUCACGCUCGGCCAGUGCUGCUCCUGCACGCCGCGGACUCAGAGGCACAGCGGCGCCUGGUGGGAGCACUGGCUGAAUUGCUGCGGACUGCGUUGGGCUGCAGACGUGAUGUGAUAGUGGACCUGUGGGAGGGGACACGCAUGGCACGUGUGGGCCCGCUGCCGUGGCUCUGGGCUGCACAAGCGCGCGUGGUGCGGGAGCAGGGUACCGUGCUGCUGCUGUGGAGCGGAGCCGGUCCCAGCCUGGCCUGCGGUCCCUACACCCACGCAGUGCCCCUUAGUGCCCUGCUCUGCGCUGCCCCACGCCCGCUGCUGCUGCUCGUCUACUUCAGCCGCCUGUGCGCCAAGGGCGACAUUCCCCAGCCGCUGCGCGCUUUGCCGCGCUACCGCCUUCUGCGUGACCUGCCGCGCCUGCUGCGAGCUCUGGACACGCGGCCUUCCACCCAAGCCACGAGCUGGAACCACCUCAGAGCUCAACAGUGCUUUCGAGGCCGCCUGGAACUGUGUCGCAGGCUGGAACUCGAGGCCACCAAACUUGGCCGCCAAGGCUCAGCAGAGGUUCAGGAUAGUCCUGGACGUUUGUGGCCAGAGCCUGUAGGGGCACUGGCUGGAACCCUGGCAUGA